AAAGGAAAAAAAAAGAGGACUCUACUACACUCCUCUUUAGAUUCCUCUCUCUCUCUCUCAUUCUCUUUCUCUCUCUUCUGUCUCUUCGUUGCUCGUUUGUUCUCCUUCGCACGUCUCGGCGCUCGUUAUCUUCCCCACAGAGACGAAACCCUAGCGCGCCCCUUCGCGGAGCAUCGGAUCGAGCUCGGGACAAUGGCGAGGCCGCCGCAGGACGCGAUCGAGACGUUCAUGAGCAUCACCGGGGCCUCCGAGCCCGUCGCGCUGCGUAAGCUCGAGGAACAUGGUGGUGACCUGAAUGAAGCUGUCAAUGCACACUUCAAUGAAGGAGAUAGGACUACCUCACAGCAAACAUUGCUUCCUGCCCGCCACGAUGAUUUCAUGGAAAUAGAAGAUCCAGUAGAUGAUGUACUUGGAAGACCUCCUUUAUUGCCUGCUGCUCAAAAUUUGGACCCAUUUUCGCUCCUAGAUUCAAAUUUUCGUCGUAGUUUCUUUGAUGGCGGUUUUCCUUCUAGUAUUUCUAAUCCGAGCCCACGGGUUUCGCAUCCAAGGGAGGUUAGAGAGAUACCCAUUGAGUUCAAAGAUAACAAAACCCAAGCAGAGACUUCUGGUCAUGGACCAACUAUUGAGGAUGUCACUGGAAAUGAACCUUCACAUGGUCCAGAAAUUCGUGGGACUGUCAUCAUUGAUGAUGAUGAAGAAGAUGAUGAUGAACCACUAGCUCGUGCUGCUCAUGACGCUAAUGUUUCUAGUUUUGGAAAACAUGCUGGAUCAAGUGCUUCUCCAGUGGUUGAUGUGGCUGACUACAGUAAUGAUAUAGAAGAGGAAAUGAUUCGAGCUGCGAUUGAGGCUUCCAAAAGAGAUGCUGAGGGCCAGUCAAAUCAGCAGAUUGAUGUUCCGGAUGAUAUAACCGGUCCCCUGCUUGAGCGUAAGACCCCUGCCAUGGAUGAUGCUGACCUUGCACGAGCAGUUUCUUUGUCCUUAGAGUUUGCGGAGCAAGAAAGAGCAUUGCGUCAACAGGAAAUGCAGUUUGGUUUUCAGUCUUCUGGUUCUGACAAGGAAAUGGAAGAUGAAGGAAGAAGCAUUGCUGAAAAUGGAAGGCAAAGAUCAGAGGAAGGAAACAUCAUGUCUGUCCAAGAUGAUACUGAAGACAUGGAAGAACAACCUUUAGUGAGGCAUCGUUCACGGCGUGUGUCUCCUGGAAAUGCAGAAUCAACAGAAUCUGGACCAAUGGUGCAUAGCCCUCCAUCAAGUCUUCCGCUGCAUAAUAUUCAAGACAAUCGUCAGUAUAAUGGAGAUGGUUUCCCAUCAGAGGAGUGGGGUGGCAUAUCUUCCGAAGAACACGAUGAAGCUGUCAUGCUUGAGGCUGCAAUGUUUGGUGGAAUUCCUGAAGGAACGCCAUAUCAGUUUUCAUACCCACGUCAAAACUCAGCUCUGCAUCCUCCGAUACCUCGCCCUCCAUCACCCUCACUAACAGCACAACGCUUGUUAAGAGAGCAGCAGGAUGAUGAGUAUCUUGCAUCACUACUGGCGGAUCAAGAAAAGGAAUUGAAAGCCAAGCAAGAGGCUGAACGUCGUCAAUUAGAAGAAGCUGCUGCAAGAAAAGCUGCUCUUGAAAAGGAAAGACAAGAAGAGGAGGAAGCUCGCAGGAAACAACUUGAGGAAGAGGAAUAUGAGAGGAAACUUGCAGCAAAGGAAGCUUCGCUUCCCCAGGAACCUUCAUCAGAUGAUGAGAGUGCUGUGACGCUUUUAGUCCGUAUGCCUGAUGGCAGUCGCCGCGGACGUCGUUUUCUAAAGUCUGACAAGCUUCAGUUUCUUUUUGAUUUCAUAGAUAUUGGAAGAGUUGUGAAGCCUGGAACCUAUCGAUUGGUGAGGCCGUACCCUAGGCGGGCUUUUGCGGAUGGAGAAAGCGAACUGUCGCUGAGUGAUCUUGGCCUUACUAGCAAACAGGAAGCAUUGUUCCUAGAAUUGAUUUAGAAAACUAAUCUGAACACAAACCUAUAAGAUGACAUGCAGGUAUAUGGUUUAAAACAGAAAUGCACUUUUGGGCUUAAAAGCAGUUCGUAGUGGAAAACUUCUACACAAAAAAAAGAAAAAAGAAAAAAAAUAUCCUUCUUCCGUGAUUGUGACUGCUGUUUUUAGAUUUGAUUCUAUGACUGUAUUGAGUUGCAUCUAGCACAUGUAUGUGUAUAUAUGAAGAUCUGCAGUGGAGUCAAAACAUGGUUUUUCUUUCCAAAAGUUGAAUAAAGAAAAACUAUAGAAGCCCUCAGUUAGAUGUGUGAUGAGAUUAUUAUGUUA